GAGGGGGGGGGGCGACCGAGGGGCGCUGUGGGCGCCAUGCGGAAGCGGCUGCUCGUGGUGGUGGUGGCGGCUGCGGCGCGCCCUCUCCUGCCUCUCCUGCCGCUCCACGCUCUCUCGGCUCUCUCGGCGCUCUCCGCCUGCAGGGUCGACGCGAGCGUGGGAUCCUUCCUCUCGGGCCAGUGGUGCGGCGCGUCAACCGCUCGCGGAGCGAUGGCUGCGGCACCGCCGCCGCCGCCGCGAUCGUGCAGUGCCGCGGGCCGCGACGCCUUGGCGGCCGGAGGCUGCGCCCCCCUCAACGUGAAGUGCCGCGGGGGGCUCUACUCCGGCUCGACGGUGAAGCGCUUCCCCGUGCCUGACGACCACGUGGCCUGGGGGACGGCCUUCCCCGAGUACGCGCCCAAGGAGUACACGGCGCCUGCCGUGCUCGCGGGACCCGUGUGGGCCGACCCGCAACACACGGAAGGCUGGGGUGGGCGACCGCCAAAGUUCAAUGAACUGGACGGGAAGAUUGACCGCAGGAGCCACAUGGGACGCUACGAGGUGAUCGACGGACUCUCCAGAAACCCGAUUGGCAGGACUGGGAUUAAGGGCCGAGGGCUCCUGGGCAGGUGGGGCCCCAACCACGCUGCAGACCCCAUUGUGACGAGGUGGAAGCGCGUCGGGGGCGUGGUGGAGAAGAAGGAUGGGAAACCCAUCCUGCAGUUCGUGGCCAUCAAGCGCAAGGACAACAAUGAGUGGGCAAUUCCUGGGGGCAUGGUGGAUGCUGGGGAGAAGGUCUCUCUCACGUUGCGUCGGGAGUUUGGGGAGGAGGCCCUCAACUCCCUGCAGCUCAGUGGUGCUGACAGGAAGCACCUCCAGGAGCAAAUCAACAAGCUCUUCUCUGCCGGGGAGAUGGUCUACAAGGGCUACGUGGAUGACCCACGCAAUACCGACAACGCCUGGAUGGAGACCGUGGCUGUUACUUUCCACGACGAAAACGGGGAGAACGUGGGCAGGCUGCCCUUCCAGGCCGGGGACGACGCCGUGGGCGUGAAGUGGGUGGACGUGCACUCGGCGAUCAAGCUCUACGCCAGCCACACGCUCUUCCUGCAGAAGACGGCCGAGCUGAGGCACGCACACUGGUAGCGUGGUAGCGUGGUAGCGUGGUAGUGUGGUAGCGUGGUAGCGUGGCAGGGGUGCCGUACCAUCUCCCACCCACCCACCACUACCCCAACCGCCUGUGCGUCACCGCCCGCUGGGGCUUGUGGCGGUGGGGGGGGGGAGGUGGGGGGCUUCCCUCGUGGAGGCUGUACACAACACUGCAGAUUCUUUCAUUCCAACGAGACCCCCCGCCCACCUGCCCGUCACAAAAAACAUCACCUGGGACUACACCUAAAAUAGGCAAGGCUAUUUAGGGUACCGUUGUGUAUGUCGGGAUGUGCAUAGCUUCAAAGCAUUAAGAACCAUUUUGAGGGAUUUCAAUUGUAAUAAUUCAAUGGUCACCAUCUCCCUGUUCAAACAAGCAUGGUGGUGGUGAUGAGGCAUACUCAUGUUCAAUGGGAUGUCUGAGUCGGCAGUUAGAAUUCGGCAUUGUUAUGGUGGGAAGGAGGGGGGCAGCUUAUCCAUAGGACAAGGCUUGUGUUAUUCUCGUUAGUGAGGAGUGGUGGGCGUAGUGGUUAGCUCGCCGUGCUAACUUGGGUUCGAUUCCCCAUCAGGCACGCCAAGCUUGGCUCGAAUAUCCCCACCGGAUUGUGCAUGGGCACAGCCGUUGUGCUAGUCCACUACUGGACGAGGGCCUCGUGGUAUGGUUACUGGUCGCGGGGUUAUUUUAGUUUUACCAUACUUCACCAUAAUGAUCUGUGGGGACUCGGGGGAGGGUUGGUUAAAUGCAGGAAGCAUAGAUGUGCGGGGAAAGCACAUUCCAACAAUGCAACUUUGCUGCAAUGCCCUUUUUUGCCCACAUACCACAACCCCACGAGGUAACCCCCCCCCCCCCCCCUAAGUUGGCUUGGCCUUAAAUGAUUAUUACCUAGUGCAGUGUGUAAACAUCAGCACUGGGUGGGGGGGGGGGUUGGUUGUACGUGGUGCUCCACACACCACCUGCGCUUAACGCAGGGGGGAUCUUGGGUCAACUCUUUAAAAUCGCAACCGCUACGCCAUCAGACCUCCACGAGUGAAACGCUGCAGUGUCAAAACCACGCGUGCAGCUUGCGCAUAUCAACUGUGCAACGGUGUGCUCGGCUUUAUUAGAAUUGUAUCGGCUGUGCGUGUUGUGGGGCGAGCAGUCUUGGUUGAUUUUCGCCGUAAAGGCAUCUUUCACGGCAUCAGAAUAAACAUAGCCUUUGCCCAGUCA